UCGCAAGAUGAAAAGAGACCGAGAUUGGUGAGAAUGAUAACGUGACGUUAGUCGUGAACGUUAGUUCGCACGUUGCUACCAGCCGGUCGUGAUGCACGGACUUUGUGCGGUAGGACCGCAUCGUCCGAGACCAAUCACCGCGGCCGCUACGUCGCCUGAUGCUCCACUCGGCCAAUCGCCGCGCUCCCUUCAUUUUUCCACGACCUCAUGCGAAAAUCUAUAAAGGACCGUCUACAUUGGAGGUAAUAAGAAUGCCUACGUUGGAAAUGAGUAGUAUUGAGUAAAGAAUAUUGGUUGGUAGUAAGGCAGUGGGAAUGGUGUUACGAAAAGUGUUACUACCUCCAACGUAGACGGUCCUGAAGCCGGUGUUCAUUCAAAAUCCGAUGACACGUCAAAGUAUAUUUGUUCUUCGUGAAAGAAACGAACUGUAUCAAGGUAGAUAGGGGGAGGGAGAAAAAGGAAAAAAAGUUGAACUUCGCCCCGUCGCGCAUACGUGCGCGCAAAUUCAAGUCCCUCUCUGAUACCGUCGUGCAUAGUCAAUAGAGAUUUCUACAAUCAGUUAGUUAGUAUUAGUUGGCGACCGAGCUCGAUGCGCCGAAUGUCGCAGUUCUAACAAGGACUCGCGAUUCCUUCCAGACAGCACAGUAAUAUUCUAUGGAUGUUCCUACGAAUAUUCAUUACGAAUGUACAUCGCCGUGUAUUCAUUACGAAUGUACAUUCGCCGUGUAACGUGCCGAAAACAUUGUUUUAUAUUCAUAAAAUAUUUUCCGGGCUACAUUCCCAAAUGUUCUUACUGAGAAAGAAAUCAGCAAAUUUGUUGAUAAAACCUGCCUAAAAUUGUCCUCGGAAAAACGUUUGGAAAUGUAGCCUCGAAGAGUGCGAAUGCACAGAGAUAUCGUUUGAGCGCGUGUCGUGUUAAUUUUUGCAACAACUGACGCGGCUUAUCUCGCUCGUCGUGAAAUACUUAUUGAUUUAUCACAACCGCGCGCGAAUGAUUCGUUUCAGCAUGCGAGUCGCUCGAAUGAUCAAUAGGCGCGAGUGUAACAAUAAGCACGGCAAUGAGGUGAACAUAAAAUGCUCUUCAACGAAUUUAUUUACAUAAGAUAUGCAAACAAGCAGAUAUCUGUUAUCCGUAUGUCGCGAACUCACUGCCUUCUUCGCGAGGUUUCUCAAGGAGGAAGGCUAGAAAUUCGACGAGAGGACCUUCAAGUUAGCCUUACAACUGGCUUAAACUCUCUCAAACCCACAGAUUUAGCUGAUGAAAUUUACACACUGAAGCGAGUGUACAUUUCUUCGACUAACGCGGCCAGUUCUAAAAGACCAAUUGCUUCUCGAUCGAUGCUUACGUGUGCUAUGAGACUAAUUCAACCGGAUUGUCACGCCAUGCUUCACGGAAUCUAUUCGGCGACCCUUGAACUCGCACGGCUCAUCCGGUCGAGCGACAUAUGCUCGAAACUGCGACGGUGCGUGACUUCCUCCGCUUUUGUUGAUAUCUUCGUUUAGAUCGGCGCGCGGUGUCAGUAGUCGCCUCGUCUUCGGUGGUCGUCGAUCGGUGAGAGAGAGAGAGAGAGAGAGAAGAUACGCGCGUCUUCUUCACAUCAUUGUGAGAAGUGACGAACGCUGCGGUGGCAUGCUACGCUCUCUUCUGGGUUACUUGUUCGGUACUUGCUGUAAUUCUCUUAUCGUCUCACUCCUCCCUCUUUCUUCUUCUUCGUUUGUCAAUUGAAAAUCCGCUCUUCUUAUUCUCCUCCCUUUUCUCCCUCUUGUUUCUCUUACCGUUCAACUCCUUUUUUAAACGCGUGAGCGCAGCUUGUAUAAGUGAUCUCUUCCUACCGAGGACUCCGCUCGUCCCUCUCACAAGAGUUUCUCUUUCAAAAGGAUCGUUCCGUGGUAACGAUUGUUCCGCUGAUUCCUUUGGGUAACGUCGAGUACGGGCAGCCGUCCGAUCCUUUCGACCGUUCAUCAGGAUCGAGCGAGGAGGUCCCCGCUUGCUCGCGGUUCACUCGCGAGAUGUCGGAAACACCGGUGAGCUUCGUCGUUGGGGAGCCCGAUCCCAGCGAAGUGCUGGAGAUCCAGGACAGUUUUCCGAGCGAGGGAGGCGAAAUCGCCGGCUUGCAGUCGCAGGUACAGCCUCUAAAUGUCGCAACGGGAUUGGUAGAACGCCGGAAGCGCCUCAGGCCCAGUAUGUCGCAGGGCACGGUGAUGAUUCAAGCGCAAAGCCGGCACCACGAGAAGGAUUUCACCGUCGCAACCCCGGAAGAAUUCGUCCAUCGUUUCGGUGGCACCAGAGUCAUCAACAAGGUAUUAAUUGCCAACAAUGGUAUCGCAGCGGUAAAAUGUAUGCGAUCGAUUCGACGAUGGUCUUACGAGAUGUUUAAAAACGAGAGGGCCGUGCGUUUUGUAGUGAUGGUCACGCCGGAAGAUUUGAAGGCGAACGCGGAAUACAUCAAAAUGGCAGAUCAGUACGUGCCUGUACCGGGUGGGACCAACAACAACAAUUACGCUAACGUGGAACUGAUCGUCGAUAUCGCGAUACGUACUCAAGUCCAAGCAGUUUGGGCCGGAUGGGGCCACGCUUCGGAAAAUCCGAAACUUCCGGAACUGCUCCACAAAAAUAACAUCUGCUUUAUUGGACCGUCCGAGAGGGCUAUGUGGGCUCUGGGUGACAAAAUCGCGUCCAGCAUAGUCGCCCAGACCGCGGACGUGCCGACUCUUCCUUGGUCGGGGUCGGGAUUAAAAGCACAUUACAGCGGAAAGAAGAUCAAAAUAUCUUCGGAACUCUUUAGGAAAGGAUGCGUCGCCAGCGUAGAGGAAUGUCUAGCAGCGGCCAACAAGAUCGGUUUCCCGAUCAUGGUGAAAGCGAGCGAAGGUGGUGGCGGUAAAGGAAUCAGGAAGGUUGAAAAUGCCGAAGAAUUGCCGGCUCUGUUUAGACAAGUGCAAACCGAAAUACCGGGCUCACCGAUAUUCAUCAUGAAACUGGCCAAGUGCGCUCGUCACUUGGAAGUGCAAUUAUUGGCUGAUAAUUAUGGCAAUGCGAUAUCAUUGUUCGGACGUGACUGCUCCAUCCAGAGAAGGCAUCAAAAGAUCAUCGAGGAGGCGCCAGCUGUCAUAGCCCAGCCAGAAGUUUUCGAAGAGAUGGAAAAAGCCGCUGUGAGGCUAGCGAAAAUGGUGGGAUAUGUUAGCGCGGGUACCGUCGAGUAUCUUUACGACACAACUGGUAGGUAUUACUUCCUGGAGUUGAAUCCUCGCCUCCAAGUGGAGCAUCCUUGCACCGAGAUGGUGUCGGAUGUGAAUUUGCCGGCGGCUCAGCUGCAGAUAGCGAUGGGCUUGCCGUUGCACCAGAUCAAAGACAUACGUCUUCUAUACGGCGAGAACCCCGACGAUCAAAUUGAUUUCGAUCAGCCACGUCACAAGCCUCAACCGUGGGGCCACGUGAUCGCGGCUCGAAUCACCAGCGAAAACCCGGACGAAGGCUUCAAACCGAGUUCCGGUACGGUGCAGGAAUUGAAUUUUCGCUCGUCCAAGAACGUGUGGGGCUACUUUUCGGUCGGAGCGUCGGGCGGGCUUCACGAGUUCGCGGACUCGCAAUUCGGCCAUUGCUUCUCGUGGGGCGAAAACCGCGACCAAGCCAGGGAAAAUUUGGUCGUAGCUUUGAAGGAGCUGAGCAUCAGAGGCGACUUUAGAACAACGGUCGAGUACCUGAUCACUUUGCUGGAAACCGAGUCCUUUCUGAAGAACAAUAUAGACACAGCCUGGCUCGACUUACUGAUCGCGGAACGCGUGCGAAGCGACAAACCGGACGUUCUGCUGGCCGUCACCUGCGGUGCGCUUCACAUCGCCGACCGAACGAUCACAGCCGCUUUCGCUGGAUUUCAGACAGCGUUGGAGAAAGGCCAGAUACAAGCCAGCAACGAUCUGGACAACGUCGUUAACGUAGAGCUCAUCAACGACGGGUACAAGUACAAGGUGCAAAGCGCCAAGUCCGGUCCCAACAGCUACUUCCUCGUGAUGAACGGCUCCUACAAGGAGGUGGAAGUUCAUCGCAUGUCGGACGGCGGGCUGCUGCUUUCACUGGACGGUGCCAGUUUCACGACUUACAUGAGGGAGGAGGUGGAUCGUUACAGGAUCGUAAUCGGCAAUCAGACGUGCAUCUUCGAGAAGGACAACGACCCGUCCCUGCUGAGAUCGCCGUCCGCCGGCAAGCUGAUCAGUUUCCUAGUCGAAGACGGUGGCCACGUCGGCGCCGGUCAGGCCUACGCCGAGAUCGAAGUGAUGAAGAUGGUGAUGACCGUGACCGCCGGCGAGGCGGGCAGCGUGUAUUACGUGAAGAGGCCCGGCGCCGUGUUGGAGGCCGGCACAUUGAUCGCGCAUCUCGAGCUGGACGAUCCGUCGCUGGUGACGAAGGCGCAGGAGUACACGGGCCAGUUCCCUGUGCCGGCGGCGUCGGCCGUGCCGGAGAAGCUGAAUCAUCUUCACGCCAAGUAUCGCAACGCUCUGGAGAACACACUGGCCGGCUACUGCUUGCCGGACCCGUAUCAUCUGCCGCGGCUGCGCGAACUGAUCGAGAAAUUCAUGUUCUCGCUGCGCGAUCCCAACCUGCCGUUGCUGGAGCUGCAAGAGGUGAUCGCGACGAUAUCCGGCCGGAUUCCCGUCCCGGUCGAGAAGAAGAUUCGCAAGCUGAUGUCCCUGUACGAGCGCAACAUCACUUCGGUCCUGGCCCAGUUCCCCAGCCAGCAGAUCGCCGCGGUGAUCGACGGGCACGCGGCGACCCUCUCGAAGAGAGCCGAACGGGACGUGUUCUUCCUGACCACUCAGACGAUCGUGCAGUUGGUCCAACGGUAUCGCAACGGUAUACGGGGUCGCAUGAAGACCGCCGUGCACGAGCUCCUCCGGCAGUAUUACACGGUCGAGAGCCAAUUCCAGCAGGGCCACUACGACAAGUGCGUCUCCGCGCUGAUAGAGAAGCACAGGGACGACGUUGCCACGGUGACCGGUAUGAUAUUCAGUCACAAUCAAGUGACGAAGAAGAACGUCCUGGUGACCAUGCUGAUCGACCACCUGUGGGCGAACGAGCCCGGCCUCACGGACGAGUUGUCCAGCACGUUGACGGAACUGACCAGCCUGAACCGGACGGAGCACAGUCGCGUCGCGCUCCGAGCCAGGCAGGUGUUGAUAGCCGCCCACCAACCCGCCUACGAGCUCAGGCACAAUCAGAUGGAGUCCAUCUUCCUCUCGGCGGUGGACAUGUACGGGCACGACUUCCACCCGGAGAAUCUGCAGAAACUCAUCCUCUCGGAGACGUCGAUCUUCGACAUCCUUCACGACUUCUUCUACCACUGUAAUCGCGCGGUCUGCAACGCCGCGCUGGAGGUCUACGUGAGACGGGCUUACAUCAGCUACGACCUCACGUGCCUGCAGCACUUGGAGCUGUCCGACGAGAUCCCGUUGGUGUACUUCCAGUUCGUCCUGCCCAGCAAUCAUCCGAACCGGCAGAAUCAGUCCCUGGUGGAUCAUCGAGCCGGCGCGAUGGCGGCCUUCCAGGAUCUCGAGCAGUUCGGCCAGUACGCGGACGAGGUGCUGGACCUGCUGGAGGAGGAUCUGUCGAGCCCCGCGGUGCCCGCGAAGCUGCUGGAGGACGAGUCCCGGCACAGCGCGUCGUUGAGCGUGGCGGAGGGCGCGGCGGCGUCCAGCGACGGCUCGUCUGAGCCGGUUCACAUACUGAGCAUCGCCGUGAGGGAGAACGGCGCCGAGGACGACGCCACCAUGGCCAGAUUGUUCGGGGACUGGUGCGCGAGCAACAAGGACGAGCUGAUAUCCCGCGGCAUCCGCAGGGUGACGUUCGCCGCGCUCAAGCGUAAACAGUUCCCCAAGUUCUUCACUUUCCGUCAGCGGGACGGUUUCGUCGAGGACAGGAUCUACCGUCACCUCGAGCCCGGCUGCGCCUUCCAGUUGGAGCUGAAUCGCAUGAGGACGUACGACCUCGAGGCGCUGCCGACCUCGAACCAGAAGAUGCAUCUGUACCUCGGACAGGCGAAGGUGGCCAAGGGCCAGCAAGUGACCGAUUACCGUUUCUUCAUCCGCUCGAUCAUACGGCAUUCCGAUCUGAUCACGAAGGAGGCGAGCUUCGACUACCUCCACAACGAGGGCGAGCGCGUCCUGCUCGAGGCCAUGGACGAGCUGGAGGUCGCCUUUUCGCACCCGCUCGCCAGGCGGACCGAGUGCAAUCACAUCUUCCUGAACUUUGUCCCUACGGUGAUCAUGGACCCCGCGAGGAUCGAGGAGAGCGUCACCAGCAUGGUGCUGCGGUACGGGCCGAGGUUGUGGAAGCUGCACGUGCGCCAGGCGGAGAUCAAGAUGACGAUACGACCGGCCCCGGGCAAGCCGACCUCCAACGUGCGCCUCUGCAUCGCCAACGACAGCGGCUACAGCAUCGACCUGCAUCUCUACACGGAGGCCACCGAUCCCAAGACCGCCGGUAUCAUCCGUUUCGAGUCUUAUCCGUCGCCAGCCGCGAACGCGGCCAAUUGGCGGCCGGGUCCUAUGCACGGCCUCCCGAUCUCGACGCCGUACAUGACCAAGGACUACCUCCAGGCGAAGAGGUUCCAGGCCCAGAGCUCCGGCACGACCUACGUCUACGAUCUGCCGGACAUGUUCCGCCAGCAAGUCGAGAGGACGUGGCAGAGGUACAUUGAGGAGAGGCAGCAGCCUUCGAACUUCGGCUCGAUUCCCAACCCGGUGAUGGACGUCGUCGAGCUGGUGCUGGACGGCGAACAGCUGGUCGAGCAGAAGCGACUGCCCGGCGAGAACGACGUCGGCAUGGUCGCCUGGCGGCUGACCCUCUACACCCCGGAAUAUCCGUUCGGCCGUGACGUCAUACUGAUCGCGAACGAUCUGACCUAUUUGAUCGGCUCGUUCGGAACGCGCGAGGACCUGGUGUUCUGCAGAGCCUCGGAGAGGGCCCGCCGGCUCGGCUGCCCGCGGAUAUACUUCAGCGCCAACUCCGGGGCUCGCAUCGGCCUGGCUGAGGAGGUGAAGGCGCUCUUCAGAAUCGCCUGGGAGGACGAGAGCGAGCCGGAGAAAGGUUUCAAGUACAUCUACCUCACCCCCGACGACUAUGCGCGCUUGGCGCCCCUGAACUCGGUGAAGGCCUCACUGAUCGAAGAUCCUGCCGGCGAGUCCCGGUACAGGAUCACGGACAUCAUCGGCAAGGACGACGGCCUGGGAGUGGAGAACUUGAAGUACGCCGGUCUGAUCGCCGGUGAAACGUCGCGAGCCUACGAGGAGAUCGUCACGAUAUCCGUCGUGUCGUGCCGCGCGAUCGGCAUCGGCUCUUAUUUACUGCGCCUUGGCCAGAGGGUAAUCCAGAUUGAGAACUCGCACAUCAUCCUAACCGGAUACAGAGCGCUGAAUGCCGUUUUGGGCCGUGAGGUUUACGCCAGCAACAAUCAGCUGGGCGGCACGCAGAUCAUGCAUUACAACGGGGUGUCGCACGCGACCGACGCGCGAGACCUGGACGGGGUGGCGACCGUUCUCAAGUGGCUCAGCUAUUUCCCCAGAAGCAAAGGCGCCCCGUUGCCGAUGCUGUUGCCCGUCGUAGACUCGAUCGACCGGGAGGUUGCUUACAUGCCUACGAAAACGGCCUACGACCCGAGGUGGAUGCUCGAGGGCAGGCAUUGCAGCGAGUCGAACGCCUGGGAGAGCGGAUUCUUCGACCGGGGCUCGUGGCACGAGAUAAUGAGGCCGUGGGCGCAGACGGUGGUGACGGGACGGGCCAGACUCGGCGGCAUACCAUGCGGCGUGAUCGCCGUCGAGACGAGGACCGUCGAACUGCAUUUGCCGGCCGAUCCGGCGAAUUUUGACUCGGAAGCGAAAACCAUAUCCCAAGCGGGCCAGGUCUGGUUCCCGGACAGUGCCUAUAAAACCGCCCAGGCUGUUAAAGAUUUCGGGAAGGAGGAGAUACCGCUCUUCAUCUUCGCUAAUUGGAGAGGCUUUUCCGGAGGCAUGAAAGAUAUGUAUGAACAAAUUAUCAAGUUCGGCGCGUACAUCGUGGACGGAUUGCGAGAGUAUUGCAAGCCGGUUUUCGUUUACCUUCCACCGAACGCGGAACUGAGAGGUGGCGCAUGGGCUGUGGUGGAUCCCACGAUAAAUCCUCGCUACAUGGAGAUGUUCGCCGACAACACCAGCAGAGGCGGCGUCCUGGAACCCGAAGCAAUCGUAGAGAUCAAGUUCCGAAAUAAGGACAUCGUGAAGACCAUGCAUCGAGUCGAUUUGGUUAUACACAAGUUAAAAGAGAAAUUGUCGGUCGCGAGCACGACGGAAGAACGAGCCGAGUUGGAGGCACAGAUUCGCAAACGCGAGCAGACCUUGGAACCGAUGUAUCACCAGGUCGCCGUGCAUUUCGCCGACCUGCACGACACCCCGGAGAGAAUGUUCGAGAAGAACGCGAUCCACGAGAUAAUACCGUGGAAAAAAGCACGACAGCUGUUCUAUUGGCGAUUGCGACGUAGACUCCUGGAGGAGGAGAUCAGGACCGAGAUCUUGUCGACGCAGCCUAGCCUCGACGUACGGCAAGUGGAUGCGAUGCUUCGACGAUGGUUCAUCGAAGACAAGGGCGCGACCGAGUCCUACCUGUGGGAUCAGGAUGAAGCCGCGGCCUGUUGGUUGGAGGCGCAACGUAAGACCGAAAACAGUGUCGUGUCGCGCAACAUCAUGUGUGUGAAGAAAGAUGCGGUUGUGACGCGUAUCAAGGAGGCGUUGGAAGCCUGCCCAGAGAUCAGAUUGGACGCGGUAUUAGAAAUCGCGCACAGACUGCAACCGGCUGAACGGGCGGAGCUGCAGAGAACUUUGUCGCAGUUAGAGGCGACCGGGCAGGAACACCAUACGGACUCGAGCGUUUCGUCUUGAGUGUAGACCAAUGCUUUUAACGACGUGUCGCUAGCAGUUGUUGUGCAGAUGAUAAUACAUUUCUUACGUUGGCAAAGGGUUAAGCAGAUUCGACGCGAUUCUUUUCCUCCUGAUAGCGAAAGCAAUCGGUAAAAUUUUUAACAAGCUGAAACUUCAGCAGAAUUUGGAGAAAUUUCAAUUGAUGAUGUUCGAACCUCACCGACGAUCUGUCGAUCUCAACGAACAAUUGUUCCUCAAUCAUUGAUUGUGUGACUGAUUAAGUACUCUAUAAAUCUCUUUGAACAAAUGUAUUCUUCCGUGAAAGGCAAUUGUGGCGAGCUUAUGAACUUGUAUGUAUGAUCAUACGAAAAGAUUAUACAAUAAGUAUCCUCGUAUAUUCCUUCAGCUAUGAAUUCCUCGGCAAGCUUUAAAUGCAUUCUUCCGUAAGAAGAAGUUCCAAAGAGAACACCAUUCUGUGUAACUUCCAUUGAUUAUAAAUUGUCUUUCAUGCCGGUAGUUGCAGUCAGACCUUAUAUUUAGGUCUGACUAAAUAAAUCUUCAUAAAUUCAUCCUCAGUACGGCUCAUCUGAAGAUGAAUUUAAAGAAAUAUAAAGUCCGACAAUGAACAAGGCUUCCCGUUGCUACCGUCCUUGUCGCGAAUUCUUGCGUUAUACGUUCAAAUGAAAAGAUACCAAAUGACAUCGUCAAAUAAGGAUAGUUGCAGCGAGCAGUCAGGAACUUUAAUUGUCAAUGAAAGUCAUCUUUGUGUUAAGAUAAAUUCUAAUAUUAAUCAACAAACGUUUUAUUAUUCAUUUACUACAGCACCUAUUGCUUUAACAACUUUUAAUUUUCGUAACUAUUAAAAUUACCUUAUUAAUAAGAACUCAUUUUUAUCAAUUUGAUAAGGUGGCUUGACCGAAAGAAUAUGCAUUACUAAAGUACAUAUGUAUCAUUAGGUUUCCUUUCCUUUUUCGCUGAACUUAGUGUAUACUUAUAGAACUUAAAGACAAAUAUAUACAGUUAACUUGUAGUAAGAGAACUAGCUAAACUAAAUGGAGUCAGUUCAGCGAAAAAGAACAGACCUAUUGUAUAUAACAAAAUAUGAAUGUACAUUUGCAUACACACAUACGCAAAUAUAUAAUAUAUAUUUAUUUUUUGAAGAACGUACAUACAGUUAAUAGAGAGAAAUGUUAUAUACAAUGCGUAACUACCACACGUUUAAAUUAUUUCUCGGUGCAUGCAACGAAAACGCUGUAUACACACACAUAUCACAUUUCUUUGAAUUUUCUUUCGCGGAAUCUCGUAUGCAUUUAUGUGCUUACUUUGUCUUCGUAUCAGUCUGUAAUACAUACGAGUUCGCACGAGUGAUUCAUACGAAAGAUACUUGUGGUGCGUUUUUAUCACAAGAAUCGCUGGCUCUUCUUUUUUACAUACAUUCGAAUAACCUUAUAAAAUAUUAAAAAAUGAUGUAUAAUAGGAUAACAAUAUAAUUCUUGAUCAUUUCUAGCUGAGGGAGCCU